CAAAACCGAAAAGCUUCAGACCCAAGGAAGCAGCGAGAGCAGUCAAGUAAUCAUACACGACCAGGAUGGGUAAAUCCUCCAAAGACAAAAGAGACGCUUACUACCGCCUGGCCAAAGAACAAAACUGGCGUGCCCGAUCUGCCUUCAAGCUCAUCCAGAUCGACGAACAAUUCGACCUGUUCUCCUACAACGAACCUGAGAAAUGCACCAGGGUAGUGGACCUCUGCGCUGCCCCGGGGUCGUGGAGCCAGGUUCUUUCGAGAGUACUGAUCAAAGGUGAGAGUUUUGGGCGGAGAGCCUGGGUUGAGAAGAUGGAACGAUUCCAGCGCACAGAAGACCAAAGGCAAAAGGAGAGUCUCGGAGAGGACAUGUCUUCCCUCGAAAUCAGCUCAACAAGCGGUGAAUUGAAACCUCGAGCAAACGUCAAGAUUGUUGCCAUUGACCUCCAACCCAUGGCGCCCCUCGAAGGCAUAACCCAACUCAAAGCCGACAUUACUCACCCUUCCACCGUUCCACUCCUGCUGAGGGCGAUCGAUCCGGACUUUUCGCCUCAGAACACAACUCACCUAAUCGACCUUGUGAUAAGCGACGGUGCUCCCGACGUCACGGGUCUCCACUCGCUCGACAUCUACGUCCAGUCUCAACUGCUCUACUCCGCGCUCACGCUUGCCACAAAAGUCCUACGGCGAGGCGGGAAAUUUGUGGCCAAGAUCUUCAGAGGCAGAGACGUUGACCUUAUUUACGCACAGUUGAGAAUCUUGUUCGAGAAGGUGAGUGUGGCGAAACCGCGGGCCAGUCGGGCGAGUAGUAUCGAGGCGUUUGUGGUCUGUGAAGGCUACAACCCUGUGAUGGUGAGACGAGAAGACGGAACGGAAGUGCUAUGGACCCCAGAAAUUGAGGUGGAGGAUGGAAUGCGAAGUUCGGGGCCUGAAGCUGCAUCGAUGCCUCCAUCAACCUCGCGCGACCAGGAGCAAGAGCCUAACCCUGAAGACUUUGUUGCUGAAACCACAGACCAGGCCGAUGAUUCUUCGGGGGUAGAAACACGGUCAUCUCUGGGAAACGUGCAUACCCAACCCCAAACACGCACUCAAAGCCGCCACCUCCGCGACGAUGGCAUUGUUGAACUCCGAUUCCCUUCCGUUGAAGACGCUGACCCUCGGAGACAUAUUGCUCCAUUUUUGGCCUGUGGUGACCUGUCAGCCUGGGACAGCGACGCGACCUACAAGCUGCCGGAGGGUCACGUGUCACUGGAUCCGGUGCAGCCUCCAACAGCACCACCCUAUAAGUUGGCGAUCGAAAAGCGGAGGAUGGAGGGAGGGAUGUAUGGGAAGACGAAACACAAAUGAUCAACAAUCAACAGAACCGACAGCAGCAGUGCCGGUUGAUAGCUCCGCAUUGUGUAGGCUAUAUCGCCCUUGGCUAAGAUUUCAUUCAGAUUUCUGGGGGUAAGCCGGGAU